UAAUAUACCCAUAAUCUUAAAAAAAAUUUGUAAAGUACAAAACUCAACAAGUCAUGGUCUACGAUGGAGAUUGGACAAUAACAACACCUAGACGAGUCAAAACGCUCAAAAAAACAAUCAAAUCCUGCCGCAAACCCAAUUUCACACAGGUUUCCCUCUCCUCUUCCCCUCCAAAUCCAACCAAAACAAAUGUUAAGACUCACAGUCAGUGCUGUCUAGUGUUCCAAGAGUCACAGAAAAUGGCUCAGUCUUACCCUCUCUGCUUCUCUUCUUCUUCUUCUUCUUCUUCAAGCUUCCAUGAUUGCAAACGCAUAACCCCUCGUACCACAUCCCCUUCUUCUUCUUCUUCUUCUUGCAAUCUCAAACUUCUCUACUUUCCAACUUCCCAUAACCUCUUCCCUCUCACUCAAUCCAAAACCCACUUCUCCUUGCAACCUCUCAAUUCUCAACUCGAUGCAAAACUCGACAACCCAGAUGCAAAAUCUCCACCUUCCUCGAAAUCUCGCAUCUGGGUCAAUCCCAGAAGCCCCAGAGCCAAACAGCUUCUGAAGAAAUCGUAUGCUGCCACUUCUUCACCUCUCGAGAAGCUAGCCAAAUCUCUCGACUCAUGCAACCCCACCGAGCAACAAGUUUCUGAAAUGUUGGUGAAGGGUUUAGGGGAAAAUGUGACAGAACGUGAAGCAAUGAUUGUUCUGGAUAACAUGGUGAACCCCGAAACUGCGUUGCUUGCUUUUGAAUACUUCAAGCAGAAGAUUAAACCUGCUAGGCAUGUUGUUCUUUAUAAUGUGACCCUCAAGUUGUUCAGGGAGAUCAAGGAUUUUGGGAGAGCAGAGAAGCUGUUUGAUGAAAUGCUUCAAAGAGGGGUUAAGCCGAAUCUCAUUACAUUUUCAACUUUGGUUGCCUGUGCUUCCACGUGUUCUGUUCCGCAUAAGGCUGUGGAGUGGUUUGAGAAGAUGCCCUCUUUUGAGUGUGAGCCCGAUGACAACUUGUCGGCGUCUAUGAUAUAUGUUUAUGCGCGGAUUGGUAAUGUCGAUAUGGCUUUGAGCCUGUAUGAUCGCGCGAAGACGGAGAAGUGGCGUGUUGAUACGGUGGCGUUCUCGGCGUUGAUUAAGAUGUAUGGGAUGUCGGGAAAUUAUGAUGCGUGCUUAAGUGUUUACAGUGACAUGAAGGUUCUUGGGGCUAAGCCUAACAUGGUAACGUACAACAAUCUGUUGUAUGCCAUGGGGAGAGCUAAGAGGGCCAGGGAUGCCAAAACUAUAUAUGAGGAGAUGGUAAAGAAUGGAUUUUCACCUAAUUGGCCAACCUAUGCAGCUCUCUUGCAAGCCUAUUGUAGGGCGCGAUGUAGUGAAGAUGCUCUAAGUGUGUAUAAGGAAAUGAAGGAAAAGGGCAAGGAUGUGGAUAAAGUUCUUUAUAACAUGCUCUUUGACAUGUGUGCUCAUUUUGGCAAUGCAGAUGAAGCUAUGAAAAUAUUUGCAGACAUGAAAAGUUCUGGGGAUUGCCAGCCAGACAAUUUCACAUACACAUCUUUAAUUAACAUGUACUCAUGCAUGGGGAAAGUUACAGAGGCGGAAGCCUUGUUGAAUGAAAUGAUACGUUGUGGAUUUGAGCCUAAUAUUUUAGCUCUAACAUCACUUGUCCAUUUGUACGGAAAAGCCAAACGAGCUGAUGAUGUUGUGAAGAUUUUUAAUCAACUCUUGGAUUUGGGCAUCAGUCCUGAUGACCGAUUCUGUGAUUGUCUUCUAUAUGUCGCGACCCAGAUACCUAGACAAGAAGAACUUGGCAAGAUAACUGCUUGCAUAGAGAAGGCCAAGCCAAAGCUUGGGUCUGUGGUUAGAUAUUUGACCGAAGAGCAUGAGGGUGAUGGAGAUUUUAGAAAAGAAGCAUUGGAACUUUUCAAUUCAAUUGAUGAUGAUGUAAAGAAGUCAUUGUGCAAUUGUCUAAUUGAUCUUUGUGUUAGUCUGGAUGUGCCAGACAAAGCUCGUGACCUUCUGGAUUUGGCGUUGAAACUUGAGAUAUAUACAGAUAUACAAUUCAGGUCUCAAACUAGGUGGUGUUUGCAUCUAAAGAAACUCUCACUUGGAGCUGCUAUGACCGCCUUACGUGUUUGGAUAAACGACUUGUCUAAGGCUUUGGAAUCAGGCGAGGAGCUUCCACCAGUACUAGGAAUUAAUACUGGGAUUGGGAAACACAAUGUUUCAGAUAAAGGCUUGGGCAGUGUAUUGGAAUCAUAUCUGAAGGAACUCAAUGCUCCAUUCCAUAAGGCUACUGAUAAGGCUGGUUGGUUUUUGACUACAUACGAAGCUGCCAAGUCAUGGCUGCAGUCCAGGGGUUCACCUAAAAUAGUUGCUGCUUUGGACUCCAGGGUUUUAGAGGUUCCAACAGUGGCUCUUCCCCAGUGAUAGUGUUGUUUUUGUCAACCUUUUGCAAUAGGUUUUUACUUUUUAUGCAUUUUACUUUGUGAGGAAAUUUUGGUACAAGUAGAUUCAGAAAAUAAUUUGUUUUAUUUUAGAUGUCUUAUAAGGUGAAUUAAGGCCUGAUACUAGUAUGUGGUACAGUAAUCCAGGAAACUGUAAAAUUCUGCCAGAAUCCAGAUUAUAUUACAUGCACAACCAGGUAGUUCUUUUUAAGGUGCCGUUUGAUUCUGGCUCAGGUGUAAUGUGGAACUCCUUAUGUUUUAUGGUGUUAGAAGUUAAAACUUAGAAAUCUUGAUUCUGGAUAGUCAAUACUGGAAUUGAUGUGAUACUCAAUACUGUUAUUUCUUUUUGGUCAAUACAAUGUUGAGUUCAAUGCUAUGAAUAAGAUGUCACUUUCCCUUUUAACUGUUCCAGUAAACAACUGAGUCAGCCUUUUAUUCAUUUGUUUUGUUUUUGAAAAAGCUUAAAAGAAGAAAAAUACAAGAAUAAAGAUGUAUGGACGGUUGAGGUUGACCUUUAUAUUGAACAUGAUGGUUGACCUUAUUUAGUGCCUUUUUUAUUAUAUGGGUUGACUUUGAGUUUAUGGUUCUAAAUUAGUGCUUUCUUAUUAGUUUUCCAAUAAACGAUUAGUAAAAUGGGAGCAAGAAAGGGCUUAAGAAUAAUAUUUUAGAAUUGACUUGGAGUGCUUGUUCCAGUCACAUCCCAUUAGAAAUUUUUAGUUUCUGCAUAUUUUAAAAACAAGUCAAAAAGCUACGUGAUGAGUGAUGGGUUGCACGUUAGAAUAUCCUCCAACGUUGACACAAACCCAACCCUCACUAUAUAAUGCUUAGAGUCUUUAUUCGUUUCAUAUUGCACAAUGGGAAACUGUAUGGCAGGACAAUCACAACCAAAGAAGCAAACCAGAGGUCCUCUAAUUGAAGGAAGAGAAACAGAUGUUGAUGCCUUGGUGAAAGUUGAAGAAAAGAUGAACUCUGCUUCUGGUAAACGUUACAUAGUGGUACAUAGAAAGCUGCAUCAGGGCGAGUUGGACCGUUUUGCAUCAUUACUGAAGCAUUCUGGUGUGGAUUCUGUACCUUGUAGGACAACUGACAUCAGAAAUCUGAAGACAAAGAGUGUUAAGAUCGUGGUGACUACACAACAGUUGGAACUGCUGUUGAGAGGAUCAAACAAGUUCCAAACCAGAAGAACUAGAGCAAGUUCUGGGUUGCGACGGUGCCCAAAAUGGUUCCCUUCUUUACCAACUAUUCAAGAAGUGCAGAGCUAUUGAGUGAUGGGAUGUUUUGCAAUUUUAAGCUUUCCCAUCAUCAGUUGUGCAACGAAUUUGCUUAGGAAAUUAAGGAUGUUUACCUGCUAAGAAUUUUAAAUUAACAGCAGGCAGUGGAAAGGAAAAAAAAAACUAGGAAGAAAAGCUUUCCAAUUUAUAUCCUCUUUUAUUUUCUUCAGGUUUUUGAGCUUUUCAGUCAUACUAUAGUUGUAGGGAAUCCUAUUGUUCAUAUUCUUGGAUGAACGAUGAACAAAUGAUAUUCGUCAAUUUCUGUUGCUUAAA